AUGAAGAAUGCCAAAGAUGAACGUGUCGAGGCACCCGAACAAGAAUACACGGACUCUUCUCUUCCGACCUCUCCGGAAAAUGUUUCUGAAAUUGCGGUAUUUGUCGGGACAAUGCUAGCCGCAAAGAACGUGAGAAAAACUGAUUGA